AGCAAGCUUAAAUUUGACGACAACUUAUUUGACUGAUAAUUUAUUUCGCAUGAUCAGAGAAUUAACAAUCACUUCAAGUGGUCUGACGGAGGGUGCCGACUGCCGAACUGAACUUAUCUUACUAUUGAAAAAUGAGAGAGAACGUGACAUGCGAGGUACUUGACCACUACCCCACCUUCACUGAAGCCUUCAUAGAAUGUCCCAGUAUCUGCUACAUUAUCUUCACCUCAAUAGAUGCUGCUCUGGUUGUCUUCCAAAUAGUUGUGUUUAUCCAUCUUCUUUACGCGGUUCACGUGGAGAGAAAGAGAGAAGUCCCCUAUCUCGUGUCCCUGGCUCCAAUCUGCUCCAUCAUCAGUGUUCUAGAACUAAUUAACUUAUCGACCGUAGAGCUCCUUUCAGCCUUCAGGUAUGUCUACCUGGUGUUCUGCAUUCUCCAGUUUUACCAGUACAUAUCCAGUUAUUACGGUGACUGGGAUGAUCUGGUCAGACUCCUCCCUGGAUUUGUUUACGAAGCUAAAGUGCUGUGUUUGUGCUGCUCGUACCAGAAGGAGAUUGCCAUAACCAAAGGAAGGCUCCGAACGAAUAAAGUUCUGGUUUAUACGGGUGUUAUCACCUACAUGGUGGUGAUAAUGGUCACAGUGGCAUUUGAAGUGAGUGAGAUUUUAGAGGACAUUUUACAAGUGCUUGGGGUGACACUGUUUAUCAUGGGGAUCAGGUCAAUGAGGCGGUUCCUAUCCAUCACCCAGCAGUUCUACCCGGAAGUGUCCAGUUCAAUAAGGAGAAAGUGGGUGGCAGUGAGGAUCUGUUUCCUGGUGGUAGGGUUGCAGGGCUUCAUACUCAAACUCUUCUCUGCCAUGCAUCUCAUCCCUCCGAUAGACUUGUUCAACAAGCGCGUCAUGGUGGAUGUUAUCCACAACCUACUGGUCCCAGCGCAGCUGUGUUUCGCUGUUGUGCUCGCGCACAGGGCCUUCCACGGCGAUGACCCCUGCACGAUGGAGACGACCCCUCUGCUCCCCAAACAGCAGCGCGGAAACACCGGCUCCCAGACGGAGGACAUGCGGGACCUGAUGUCGGACACGUUGGUGCGGGUGGACAGUGGGGUGGACAGUCCCGAGUUUGAGUACGUACCGGGCUACGGCUCACUGAGCGCCGAGAUGAUGAACCACGUGGAGGAGGCGCUGGAGGACAACUGGAGGAGGUCUCACCCGGACCUACUCCAGGGAGUUGAGCCAGAUCUGUACCAGGGCCAGGUACUGGGACAUAGAGUCACCUCCCAGGUCAGGGGUGACAGGUUCUCAACAAUGGGAGGCAUUAAUCGCCGGUAUCAGGAAAUGGACGAGUACUCGGGGUCUACAACUUUGUGAGAAUAAACUGAUUUUAUGAGACUCUUCUGACACUAUCUGUUUCUUUCAAUUUCGCUGUGGUUUUACUUUCUCCGGAUUAGGUAUUUUUCACAAGAUUUUUACUUGAUCUGUGUAAGGGUUUAAAUUAUAAAAUUUAGGACGAAAAACAGUUUUUGUUUUG